AUGGUCGUUUCCUUGACCAUCAAACGAUUGCUGUCUUCUACAGUUGAUGGCUCUGCACACCUGUGUGUGUACGACGCGAAUCACAACGGAGACGAUUUGACGGUGACCAUCUCAUGUCCUUUGGCUUCUGGUUGUUGCGAGAAAGGUUGUUGUAAACUUCCAGUCAACUUUAUCACAAACAGUCACAUGAAUACGUCAUCUUUGUCCGAGGAACCAAUAUCAAAUACGAGCCAAUUCAAUGAGACUAUCUUGUUGAUCACCUUGACUCUUAUGAUAUUUUUCUUCGGCUGCAUCUCAAUACUCUUCAUUUUCAGAAAGAUUCAACACAUCCGCCACAAAGAACAUGAACCAGAUUUUGUGUAUCAUGCCUAUCGUCCACCACAACCAAAAGUAAGUAAGAACCCGCCGACAGUAAUCCUAACCGACUACCGUAAUAUGACCCUUGAAUGA